AUGACGUACUGCCACCAAUUUUUGAGCAACCUUUCAUCCUUGACCCGAUUCCGUCUUCACACCGGUAAUGUCAAUGGAUACACCCAGUUGAAGGUUCGUCGAUUCGAAACGUCAGCAGAAGAGCUAUCCGCAUGUCUCGACCUCCAGUUAAGCUCAAAUCCAAUCGCUGCGGAUUUCAAAGAAAACAGCUGCUUGUUGCUAUGCGACAAUGAUCAUAUGGACAACUAUGAGAGAGAUGAAAUCAAAAUAACAAUGAAGGUUUUUCUGUCAGCAUGGGAUGUUCAACAGAUUGACCAGGCUGUAACUAGUUUAAAGGAACAACUCAAGACUAAAGAUAUUGAGGUUCUCAUUCUGUCUUUCCCUGAACUAGACCUUAUUGACGGAGAAUCUGAAGACGAUGAACACCGUCGUUGGUUCGAAAAAGUGAAGCCUUUGUACACGUACAUGGAAAAACUUGUUGAAACUUCGGAGAUAGCUUCAAUUGGAGUUUCUGAUUUCUCUGCACGUCAACUAAAAGAAGUUCUUGAGCAUUUUGAUGUUAAACCUAGUAUCAAUCAUGUACGACUUGACGGAUGCUGUCAAGUCCCCCCAGAAUUGCAAGCUCUAGCCAAUGACCAUGAUGUUCAACUUCUAGUUCACAAUGAUCCUACCCCGUUCCCAACUAAUAAUAUUUUCAAGACAUUUUGUGAGAUUGACAGUGGAUGCCAAAAAGCAGUGUGCAGCCCUCUUUUCGAGACAACAUGGCUGUCUCGCUAUUCGGUAUGGGUACGCAAACGUUCCAUUAUGACUUCCAAAGGAUAUAUUGUCCAAUUCAUAAGAAAACAUGACUGA